GCAUGUUUGCGCUGGCGCUGGGUCAAUCACUUCGGUUACAUGCCGCUGCUACUCACUAGUUUAGCUGGGGCGGUUGAUAUAUCUGGACGUAGGUGUACGAUACCCACUCGUUUGGAUGCAAUCUCUCUCAGUUCUCUCAACGUCGAUUGAAAAGACCUUCGCGGGACACUCGUCGUUUGCGACGAUAUUUAAUUGAAAGAAUUUUGAAAACCCCGCUUAGUUACGUCGAAAUCGUGAAACAGUGAACAAGUGAUCUCUCUCCGGAACUGCCCUGAUAAAUCGCGCAGCUAGUAGUGCACUGAAUAGAAGAAAAAAAGGUUUACCUUACAAGCGGAUUACCUCAUCGCGGUUCAAGCAAACGUGGGUGGAAAGGUUGCAAGAAGUGGAAGUAGCAAAUCUAGUAUAUCUAUAAUGCAUGAAGUGGCUUCCAUAUAGCACGAAAUAGUAUGUGAUAACUAAUAGUUCAUAUUAAAGUGAUCAAUUGAAGAAUAUUAUUUGUGAUCGUAUUGAAUAUAUUAGCACAAGUUUUUUGAAGAUGGGUUUAAACAAACGAGACAAGCAAGCCAAGUUAAAAAGUCAAAGUUUAAUUGACGCGGAGAAGUCAUCAACGAAUAUUUCAAAUGUGACAAUGGCAUCCGAUAUUCUACAGCAGAGCUCAUCACUGCAUACUGAAAGUACCACAAGUAAAAUGCAUUCGUCUGCUACCUCUAGUUCCUCCAGUAAAUCUACAGUGGAAACAAUAGUAGAGGGUAGUCAGGCCAAUUCUCUGAAGUUCAAGGAAAAAUCAAGCAGUGUUGACAAAACGGAGAAAAAGAGUGAACAAUUAAGUGAAGCUAAACACACCGCUCAAAUCGACUCGAAGCAGAUUGAUAAUAUAAUUCAGGAAAUUAAAUACAUUGCCAGUGACACGGUUGACUCAACAAAACGAAUUUCAACCGUCCAACAACAUAGUGACAGUGCCAAGAGUGACAAAGAACUUCGCGCGGCCUUGACCAAUUUCGAUGAAGUAGCUAAAGCAGCGAUAUCGGACAUACAAGAUUCCAUAAAAAGUAAAACCAGUGAGACCGUUUCGUAUGGUUCAAGUGUCGAAAAGAAUAUAAAAAGUAGCCAGUCGGAACGUGACAAUGUCACAAGUUCCUCCGCUGCAAGCAGCAGUGCUAUCGAGCAGUUGUCGAAAACGAAUAUACUAAGUAGUGAAACAAAUAAAAGUGAAUUGAGUUCUUCGUAUGCCCAUCAUUCCAGCCAUCAGUCAUAUAAGACAUCUUCCCAAUCGUCGAAGACUUCUACAUUCCAUGCCGAUAAUUCCGAUGCCAAUAUGUUAAAGUUAAAUGUGCAAUCUAAAGAUUCGGCAUUAACACAUGAACGUCGCUUACAGAAUUUAAAUGAUUCUGUAGUCCAGUUAACUGCGAUACACCCUAAUAGUUCCGAGAAGGGUAAUUUCUCCGACCGUCAGAGUUACUCUAUUUCAGAGAAAGUAGCUCCGACAACCGAAGUAACUUAUGACUCGAUGGGAAAUAAAAUAACUAGUACGAAAUCGUCCGACAAAUCUGCACGAGGAUUCAUCUCGUCAUCUUUCCAUUCUAACGGUGGUGAAGUGAUGAGCUCAUCCAUGGAGCAAAUUGACCGUAGUAGCAAUCUUCGAGACAAAAGCUCAUCUUCGUACGUAUCGUCUUCGGUUGAACAGAAAAGUUCUUCGACCAAUGAAAGUAAGACAGCAACAAAAAGUGCCAUAAUCGAUUCCACAACACUGGAGAACUUGAAGUUACAAGAAUCGAAGUCACAAGCAAACAUGUUGUCCAAGAAUGCCUCUGCACAUACUAUAGCAAGUCUUUCGUCGGCACAUGACUCACUGACUAACACAAUUCAAAGUACUGAACUGGUCACCGAAUCCAGCCAAGAUGUAGUUUCUAGGAAUCAACACGAAGAAAGUAUGAAAAUAUAUGAAAGCUCAUCGCACUUUUCACAAGUAGAUGAAAGUGAAAAAUCGCGUAAAAAAGUUACCGAUUAUUAUGAACAACGAGAAUCUAACGCAUCUAUAUUGAAACGUAAGAUCUACGACGAAAAGGUGAAACGACUCAAUCUGAUCGAUGAAAAAGUCGUUCCCAAGGAUGUGGUUAUACAGGGCAUUGAGGAUGACGUAACGAAUGUCACGAAAACAUCUUUCGAGGCAAAACUGUUUAAUCCGAAAUCGAAACGUUGGGAACUGGUUGAUCAGAAAACAAUACUGGAAAGAGAUGUAACCGUUUCUAUUCCGGAAGAAAUCGUUCACGAGUUAGAAGUGGAACGUCCCGAAUUAACAAACAUUACAACGACGAUCCAGCUAACAAAGGUAUAUGACGCAAAAACUAAACAGUGGAAAACAGUAGAUCAGAAAAAGCACACAGAUGUGUUAGAAAAAAUCAACUAUCUCGAGGAGAGUAGCGGACGGACAGCAUUAGACGAAUCAGAAAGAGUGAAAAAAUAUAAGUCUGUUGAUACAGUUGACAAAGUCAUUGUUAAAGAUAUAAGCGAUCAAAAAAGUUUGACCAAAGUUAGAAAUCUAAAAGAUGCAACAAUUAACGAACAGUGCAUCUGUGAGAUCUGUACCUGUGGUCGUCACAAUUGCUUCAACUGUGGUAGCGGAACAGAGCAAAAAGUUAGUACAUCUGCAAAAUUUGCUACUGUGAGCAACACUAAUAAUUUUUAUCAUCAAGAAUCUUCAGAGUUGAAUGAGCAGAGCACCUUUGUUCGACGACAAACUUGGACAAAGGAAGAUGCUGAUGAUUAUUUGAAUCGUGUUGAAUCAACUUCCAUAGAACGCAGCAAUACAGAACAAAAUGUCACUAAUCGUAGAUUAACGUGGACUAAAGAAGAUUUUGAAAGUGUAGACAUUACUAAGCUUAAAGAAACUACCCAAAUUGAAAGGCAAAAACCAAUACGAUAUGAUGACAAUCUUCGUCCAGAGGGUGAUUUCUAUCGAGAAGAGAAGCCCAAAUACCAACCAACAGAAAGGCCAAAACAAAUACGGCCGGAAGACAAUCUAAAACCAGAAGGUUUGUUUGAACCGCCUGAAAAACCUAGCUAUCAACCAGGAGAGCGGCAAAAACCGAUUCGACAUGAUGACAACUUACGUCCAGAAGGAGAUUUUGAUCGUCCAGAGAAGACGAAAUUUCAACCAGCCGAGCGUCCAAAACAGAUUCGUCCCAAAGAUAAUUUGAAACCGGAAGGUUCAUUUGAAACUCCAGAGAAACCAAAAUAUCAACCGGGUGAUAGACAGAAACCGAUUCGACAUGAUGACAACUUACGUCCAGAGGGUGAUUUUGAUCGUCCAGAGAAGUUGCAAUUCCGACCAGCCGAACGGCCAAAACAGAUUCGUCCCGAAGAUAAUUUGAGACCAGAAGGUUCGUUUGAGUCACCAGAAAAACCAAAAUAUCAACCAGGUGAGAGACAGAAACCGAUUCGACAUGAUGACAAUUUACGUCCAGAAGGAGACUUCGAUCGUCCAGAGAAGACCCAAUUUCGACCUGCCGAGCGUCCAAAGCAGGUUCGCCCUGAGGAUAAUUUGAGACCAGAAGGAUCGUUUGAAACUCCAGAGAAACCGAGAUAUCAACCAGGUGAUAGACAGAAACCGAUUCGACAUGAUGAUAAUUUACGUCCAGAAGGAGACUUUGACCGUCCAGAGAAGACCCAAUUUCGACCUGCCGAGCGUCCAAAGCAGGUUCGCCCUGAGGAUAAUUUGAGACCAGAAGGAUCGUUUGAGUCACCAGAAAAACCAAAAUAUACACCUGGAGAGAGACAGAAACCUAUACGACAUGAUGACAAUUUGCGGCCAGAAGGUGAUUUCGAGCGUCCAGAGAAGACUCAUUUCCGACCUGCCGAGCGUCCAAAGCAGAUUCGUCCCGAAGAUAAUUUGAAACCGGAAGGUUCAUUUGAAACUCCAGAGAAACCAAAAUAUCAUCCUGGUGAGAGACAGAAACCGAUUCGACAUGAUGAUAAUUUACGUCCAGAAGGAGACUUUGAUCGUCCUGAGAAAACCCAAUUUCGACCUGCCGAGCGUCCAAAGCAGGUUCGCCCUGAGGAUAAUUUGAGACCAGAAGGAUCGUUUGAAACUCCAGAGAAACCGAAAUAUCAACCAGGUGAUAGACAAAAACCGAUUCGACAUGAUGACAAUUUACGUCCAGAAGGAGACUUUGAUCGUCCAGAGAAGACCCAAUUUCGACCAGCCGAGCGUCCAAAGCAGAUUCGCCCCGAAGAUAAUUUGAGACCGGAAGGUUCAUUUGAAACUCCAGAGAAACCAAAAUAUCAUCCCGGCGAGAGACAGAAGCCGAUUCGACAUGAUGACAAUUUACGUCCAGAAGGAGAUUUUGAUCGUCCAGAGAAGACCCAAUUUCGACCUGCCGAGCGUCCAAAGCAGGUUCGCCCUGAGGAUAAUUUGAGACCAGAAGGUUCGUUUGAGUCACCAGAAAAACCAAAAUAUCAACCAGGUGAGAGACAGAAACCGAUUCGACAUGAUGACAAUUUACGUCCAGAAGGAGACUUUGAUCGUCCUGAGAAGACCCAAUUUCGACCAGCCGAGCGUCCAAAGCAAGUUCGCCCUGAGGAUAAUUUGCGACCAGAAGGAUCGUUUGAAACUCCAGAGAAACCGAAAUAUCAUCCCGGUGAGAGACCGAAGGCGAUUCGACAUGAUGACAAUUUACGGCCAGAAGGUGAUUUUGAGCGUCCAGAGAAGACCCAAUUUCGACCAGCCGAGCGUCCAAAGCAGGUUCGCCCUGAGGAUAAUUUGAGACCGGAAGGUUCAUUUGAAACUCCAGAGAAACCAAAAUAUCAUCCAGGUGAGAGACCGAAGGCGAUUCGACAUGAUGACAAUUUACGUCCAGAAGAAGACUUUGAUCGUCCUGAGAAGACCCAAUUUCGACCAGCCGAGCGUCCAAAGCAGGUUCGCCCUGAGGAUAAUUUGAGACCAGAAGGAUCGUUUGAAUCUCCAGAGAAGCCGAAAUAUCAACCAGGUGAUAGACAAAAACCGAUUCGACAUGAUGACAAUUUACGUCCAGAAGGAGACUUUGAUCGUCCUGAGAAGACCCAAUUUCGACCAGCCGAGCGUCCAAAGCAGGUUCGCCCUGUGGAUAAUUUGAGACCAGAAGGUUCGUUUGAUUCACCAGAAAAACCAAAAUAUCAACCAGGUGAGAGACAGAAACCGAUUCGACAUGAUGACAAUUUACGUCCAGAAGGAGACUUUGAUCGUCCUGAGAAGACCCAAUUUCGACCAGCCGAGCGUCCAAAGCAGGUUCGCCCUGAGGAUAAUUUGAGACCAGAAGGAUCGUUUGAAACUCCAGAGAAACCGAAAUAUCAACCAGGUGAUAGACAGAAACCGAUUCGAAAUGAUGACAAUUUACGUCCAGAAGGAGAUUUUGAUCGUCCAGAGAAGACCCAAUUUCGACCGGCCGAGCGUCCAAAGCAGAUACGCCCCGAAGAUAAUUUGAGACCGGAAGGUUCAUUUGAAACUCCAGAGAAACCAAAAUAUUAUCCCGGUGAGAGACCGAAGGCGAUUCGACAUGAUGACAAUUUACGGCCAGAAGGAGACUUUGACCGUCCAGAGAAGACCCAAUUUCGACCAGCCGAGCGUCCAAAGCAGGUUCGCCCUGAGGAUAAUUUGAGACCGGAAGGUUCAUUUGAAACUCCAGAGAAACCAAAAUAUCAUCCAGGUGAGAGACCGAAGGCGAUUCGACAUGAUGAUAAUUUACGGCCAGAAGGAGACUUUGACCGUCCAGAGAAGACCCAAUUUCGGCCAGCCGAGCGUCCAAAGCAGGUUCGCCCUGAGGAUAAUUUGAGACCAGAAGGAUCGUUUGAAUCUCCAGUAAAACCAAAAUAUACACUUGGUGAGAGACAGAAACCUAUUCGACAUGAUGACAAUUUACGGCCAGAAGGUGAUUUCGAACGCCCGACAAAGGCUGAAUUUCAACCAGCCGAGCGUCCAAAGCAGAUACGUCCUGAAGAUAACUUGAGGCCAGAAGGAUCCUUCGAAACUCCCGAGAAACCGAAAUACAAACCAGGUGAGAGACAGAAACCAAUUCGCCAGGAUGACAAUCUUCGGCCUGAAGGAGAUUUUGAACGUCCUGAGAAAACUGCAUUCCGACCAGCCGAGCGUCCGAAGCAAGUGCGCCCAGAGGAUAAUUUGAGACCAGAAGGUGAUUUUCAACGUCCAGAGAAAACGCCGUUCAGAUCAACUGAGCGUCCACAACAGUUUCGUCCUGAAGAUAAUUUGCGAAUGGAGGGAUCAUUUGAGACUCCUGAGAAAACGGGAUAUCAACCAGGUGAAAAACCAAAACCUAUUCGACACGAUGAUAAUUUACGCCCUGAAGGUGAUUUCGAACGUCCUGAAAAAACUCAAUAUCGUCCAACAGAACGACCUAAGCAAAUUCGACCGGAGGAUAACUUGCGCCCUGAAGGGGAUUUCGAUCGCCCUCAGCCUAUGAUAGUUGGCAAAGGUGAGAGAUGUCAGAUCAUUCGUCACGAAGAUAAUCUAUGUUUAGAAGGUGAGUUCGUAAGAACGGAGAAAAGUAUUUUCAUUGCCGGCGAUCGUCCUAAGCCUAUCAAACCAGAUGAUAACUUAAAGCCUGAAGGAGAUUUUGAAACUCCAGAACGGCAACAAUAUCAGCCAGCCGAAAGACCAAAACAAAUUCGUCCUCAAGACAAUUUGAAGCCGGAAGGAGAAUUUGAACGACCACAUCAUGUUCCUAUGGGUGAAAUAGUUCGAUCACAAAUAGUUCGUCAUCAAGAUAAUCUGCAUUUGGAAGGCAACUUUGAACGCGUUGAAAAAACAAUUUAUAUUGCCGGAGAAAGACCCAAGCCUAUAAAACCGGGAGAUAACUUAAAACUGGAAGGAAAUUUCACUACUCCAGAAAAAGUGCCAUACCAACCUACUCAAAUACCUAAACAAAUCCGCCCAGAGGAUAAUCUUAAGCCCGAAGGCAGUUUCACAACCCCAGAAAAACCUGUUUAUCAACCCGGUGAACGUCAGAAACCUAUUCGUCAUGAUGAUAAUCUACAUCCUGAAGGCGAUUUCGAACGUCCUGAAAAAACUCCAUUUAGACCAGCUGAGCGUCCGAAGCAAGUUCGCCCCGAAGACAACUUGAAACCCGAGGGAUCUUUCGAGACACCUGAGAAGUUACCAUAUCAGCCUGCAGAAAUACAGAAACCCAUUCGUCAAAGUGAUAAUCUUCGCCCAGAAGGUGAGUUCGAUCGGCCGGAAAGAAUCCCGUUUCAACCAGCCGAGCGCCCAGAACAAAUACGCCCAGAAGAUAAUUUGAGACCUGAAGGAUCGUUUGAAACGCCUGAGAAACCAUUGUAUCGUUCAUCAGAGCGACCAAAACCAGUACGACCUCAAGACAAUCUACGUCCGGAAGGCGAAUUUGAUAGACCCCAGCCGGUUCACAUUGGUACAUUUGAAAGAUCUCAGAUUGUACGUCAUGAGGAUAAUUUACAUUUAGAAGGGACGUUUGAGCGUAAUGAGAAGACGGUGUACAUUUCUGGUGAACGCCCAAGACCCAUCAAGCCGGAUGACAAUCUGAAACCAGAAGGCGAUUUCGAGCGUCCAGAAAGAAUACCGUUCAUGCCCGCAGAAAAACCGAGACAAAUUCGCCCUGAAGAUAAUUUGAAGACUGAAGGUAAAUUUGAAACUCCUGUAAAAACACAAUAUCGAUCUGUUGAAAGACCAAAACCAGUGCGACCUCAAGAUAAUCUAAAACCUGAAGGUGAGUUCGAAAGACCUCAGCCAGAAAAAAUUGGCAAUGUAGAAAGAUCCAAAAUUGUGAAGCAUGAGGAUAAUUUACAUUUAGAGGGUACAUUUGAACGGACAGAAAAGUCUGUGUUUGUUUCGGGUGAAAGACCAGUGCCAAUUAAACCAAAUGAUAAUUUAAAACCAGAGGGUAUAUUCGAAACACCAGAGAAACAGCGAUAUCAACCAGGUGAAAGGCAAAAACCAAUUCGUCAUGAUGACAACCUACGUCCUGAGGGUGAUUUUGAACGCCCUGAGAAGUCUCCAUUCAGACCGGCAGAGCGUCCCAAGCAGAUUCGUCCAGAAGACAACUUGAGAACAGAAGGAUCAUUCGAGGCACCUAUGAAACCAAUAUAUCAACCCAGUGAAAGACAGAAACCGAUUCGUCAUGACGAUAAUCUACAUCCAGAAGGUGAAUUUGAGCGUCCCGAGAGAUCUCCUUUCCAAGCAGCUGAGCGUCCGAAACAGAUUCGUCCAGUAGAUAACUUGAAGCCUGAAGGAACCUUUGAGACUCCUGGUAAGCCAUUAUAUCAACCAGGUGAAAGGCAGAAGCCUAUCCGCCAUGAUGACAACCUACACACAGAAGGUGAAUUUUCACGACCUGAAAAACCCGCUUUCAAACCUGCUGAACGACCUAAGCAAAUACGUCCUGACGAUAAUUUAAAACCUGAGGGUAAAUUUGAAACUCCCGAGAAACCAAAAUAUCAAAAAGGAGAUAGGCCAUCACCGAUUCGCCAUGAUGAUAAUCUACGACCAGAGGGGCAGUUUGAACGUCCGCAAAAAUCGUCAUUCACACCUGCUGAGCGCCCGAAGCAAAUCCGCCCGGAGGAUAAUCUACGAUCACAGGGAGAAAUCAAUAUUCCAGAAAAGCCAAAGUAUCAUCCUGGAGAAAGACAAAAACCCAUUCGACACGAUGAUAAUCUUCGCCCAGAAGGACAGUUCGAAAGACCUGCAACCACACCCGUUUAUCGACCAGCUGAGCGACCGAAACAAGUAAAACCCAAGGAUAAUCUACUAAUUGAAGGAGACUAUCAAUCUUUGAAAGAAUAUAAAGAUCAGAAGCUUAAAAAGGAGGCUGAGAUCAAAGAGCUUCAUGAAGGAGGAAUUCUUGAUGGAAGUGUUCUUGUCACUACGCAAACAGUUACUACCAUUCUUAAGGGAGAAAAACCAAGAGCAAGCGGAAGAAAAGUCACGACAACGGAAACAAAAGAAGAAAGCAAUCAAUCACACACUAGUAAAGAACAACUUCAGCAAAUAUCAUCUUCUUCCCAUAUUUCCCAUGAUUCAUGCAAUAUGGAAAAGUUGGCUUCAAGUGCUACUGACUUACGAGAUCGACGAAUCGUUCACAACGUAACAGGGAAAGAUGUGCACGAAUCUUCGCAUUCAGCAGUCCAAAAUACUUCUACAAAAGCAAUAUCUUCAACACAGAAACAGUCUACUAAUACUACUUUGAAGCAAAUAGAUGAUAGUUCAACAACAUCGUUCCAAAAUCAUACCUCAAGCAAAACAGAUAAGUCAUCAUAUCGGAACUCUGGCCUAAUAAUGGAUCGUGGUGAAACUACUGAAUUAAAUGAAAGUGUUAAAAUACCUUCAUCAACUUCCCAUCAACAUUUUAGUGAAACCAACGUUGCAAGUGCAAGCAAUCGUGUUGUUAUCGACGGAAAAGUUGUUACUGAUAAAAUGGUUAGCCAGAGACAAGGAAUAGAAAAAGUAAUUGUGGAUGGAACAGUUAAAGUAGAUAAAUCAUUUAAUGAGAAAAUGUCUACUGGUAGUGAUGAGCGUUUCGAUUUGAAUGAAAAAACUACAGCUGUUCAGAACAAUCAGUCAACAACGGGCAAAUCUCUUACCAAUAAAGUACAGACAAGUAACAUUACUCAUGGAUCAUCUCAACAUGAUUCACAAAGAACAGUCGACAUGCCUGUCGUGCAGGCCUCGCAGAAGCAGGUGCGAAAAUUAAUUGGAGGAAAAUGGGUAACAAAGACAGUUACCGAAAAUAUUACUUCUAAUCAUGAAGUUCAAUCUGGAAAAGUAAUUAAAGAUUCCAAUGUAAACCAUCAACAUUCCAUUUCAAACACCGCCGUUGACAAUGAUCAAACUACUAACAAGUCCUCAACCACUAAAAUUUUAGGAGGAAAACUUGUUCAUAAACUUCAUAACGCAGACACUAUGCAAACUACUAAGACUACUAAAAUUCAUCAUCGUAGUAACUCGAAUAUAAUUUUAGGCGAUGAAAUUACAAAGCAGCAAAGUGCAACAACUAAAAUUAUCGGGGGGAAAUUGGUGCAAACAUCGUUGAAUGAUAGUAUCGGCAAUACGUCUACCGUAAAUGGCAAUAGUUCCGUAUCAGUAAAUAAUAUAAUUCACUCCGAAUCUUCAACUGCGAAGCAUUCAUCCAAAACGAGUAGUAGUUCCACGGCUCACGUUGAAUCGGUGCAAUCUUCAAAUGCUUCAACUCAAUCCUCAAAUGCACAGUUAACUUCAACAGACAAACAAUUCAACCGGAAGAGUACCUUUGCAUCAACUGAAAAUGUUAACAACGCAAUCCUUUGCCGUCAACAGCAAACAAAUGUUCAACCCAUCGGUAGCAGUAUGAGUGUUUCUGGUUCAAUUCAACGCAAGAGUAUUUCCAAUUUGAACGACAAUGCAAUGUAUUCUACGACUAAUCGCACCAGUUAUAGUUCGUUGCAUCGUCGUGAAAAAGAAUCUGUCGAUGCUAGGAUGCAAACGUAUCUGAAGACGUUGGAAUCGGGACCAAUCACAUCACGCAGCAAACUACAACCCUGUGCGCCUCCGACACUAACUUCUACAACGAAUGUAAGCACCAGCAGCGGUGUUAUCGGCCACCAUUCUAAUAUGCAGCAAAAUAAAACAUUGCGAGAUUAUCAAUCCGCAUUGAAUGUGACGAAAAGCUCCACCAAAGCGAAUGCUUCAAGUAUCUCAUUCGGGGAAGACAACAAGUUCCACGGUACUAGCUCAUAUAAAAUGCAAUAUGUUCAGCAAAAUGACGGUCGCUGUCCAGCCCAUACCAUAAACGACAACUUGAAAGUUUCAAAAGUCACUAAACAGCAUACUUAUUAUGUGCGUGAUCGAAGAUAAGUCACUACAAAAUUUUAAAAAAAAGAUAGUGACAGUGUGUAUUCUACUUCCUUCAAAAAGACUAAGCUCAGUUUCAGAACUAUAUAAUUCAAAUGAAAUUGUUAUAACUUGCUUUUCAUGCAGAAUAAACAAAGCGAAUGUUUCAGUUAUUUAAAAAAAACUGUUUUUUUUAUUCGAAUAUGUGAUAAGUGCAAUUUAGUUCGGAAAAUCCGUCUUUAUAUUUUUAGAGCUAAAAACCGAAUAAACAUAUUGGGUGAAAAAGCCGUAAUGC